AUGCGACUGACAGGCCUUUACCACGGUGAUCACCACUGUAAGAGCGUCAGACACCUGACAUUUUAACUCUCUGACUGAAGGCACGUAGACUCUACAGCAACCACUUCUGGAGAGAGAGACGCACAGAAGUGUCCAUCGACAAAGGCUGAAGUCGGUACGACGGCGGAGAGGCCAGCUCUUUUCCCUUCAGAGCGGGACACAUGGCUUCAAACAGCAUCUUCGACACAUUCUCGAGCUACUCGCCCAGUUUGCUGCGAGACCCGAGUACGAGCAGACGGUUCACGCCGCCCUCCGCCUCGUUCCCGUGCGCCAAAGUGACCGAGAGCCAGAGCAUGAGCGCGCCGGGGCCGCUGCGCUCCGGCCGGCCCGUGGAGAGCCGCUCCGUGGUGGACGUGCUGGCGGAUCACGCCGGAGAGCUGGUGCGCACGGACAGCCCAAACUUUCUCUGCUCGGUCCUGCCGUCUCACUGGAGGUGCAACAAAACCCUGCCCGUGGCUUUUAAGGUGGUGGCUUUGGGUGAUGUUCCUGACGGGACUCUGGUCACUGUGAUGGCGGGAAAUGAUGAGAAUUACUCCGCGGAGCUGAGAAACGCGUCCGCCGUCAUGAAGAACCAGGUGGCGCGCUUCAACGACCUGCGCUUCGUGGGCAGGAGCGGCAGAGGAAAGAGCUUCACUUUGACCAUCACUGUGUUCACUGGACCACCGCAGGUCGCCACGUACCACCGCGCUAUUAAAGUCACCGUUGACGGACCUCGAGAGCCAAGACGUCACCGUGUGAAGCCUGACGACCCUCACAAGCAAUUCUCCGACCGUCUGAGUGACAUCGAACGUUUCCAGAGGGCCAGCCUGAGGAUGAACCCUGGAAACGGGACCGCCCGGCCCCACCAAUCCCAUUACAACACCUCCAGCACCACACAGAUCCCAGGAUUAUGGCCAGAUCAGAUUGACCCCCCAACACUGAAGACUUGCAAAGUGGAAGACGACUUGCGCUGGUCAAGUACAGAUCUGUUCCAGCAGAGGACGUCUUUCCCCUCUCUGUCUCCUCUGACAGCUCCUCGUUUCUCUGACUCGCACAUGCAUUAUCCGGGCCACUUCACCUACUCCGCCAACCCGUCCAGCACUGGCAUCGGGGGUCUGAGUGUGGCCGGUAUGCCCACCUCCAGCCGCUACCACACCUACCUGCCGCCUCCAUACCCAGGCAACCAGAACCAGAACUCCCACUUCCAGACCAACUCCUCACCAUAUCAUCUGUACUACGGCACCGGCUCCGGAUCUUACCAGUUUUCCAUGAUCCCAACAGGCGGCUCUGGAUCAGGGGGCGACCGAUCACCCACCAGAAUGCUGACGUCCUGUACGGCGGCUGGCGGAGCGGCGGGAAACACCGGAAAUAACAACCUGAUCAAUGCCAACCUCGGGAACCAAAGUGAUGGAGUUGAUGCUGAUGGCAGCCAUAGCAAUUCACCAACAGCCAUGAGCGCAUCCACACGCAUAGACGAGUCCGUCUGGAGGCCGUACUAAGAUUUAAAAAAAACAGAAGACUGGUCAGAAUUAAGAGAAGAGGUGAAACGUCUUGCAUGAUCUUUUUUUUUUAGCUUUCUUCAUCAUCCUGUGAUCAAAUGACCAGAAGAGUUGCGCAUGAUGCACACAAAAAUAAAUGGACCUCCGAUUAAGGUGUAUAUAGAAAGAGAACAAAGUUAUGGGUUAAAGUAAAUAAUAAGGCAUCUCAUAGUAAUAUAUCAGCAUUUUUUUUUUACUUAAAAAGCUGAACGACCAAAGAAAUGAACGAAAUGAAAGAAGAACCAAAAAAAAAAGCAGGCGCUUUUUCGUGGAUUUUUUAUUGCAGACAUUUGCCUUAUGAUCAGUUAUUGGUGUGAGCCGAACACUUCAGCAAGGGCUUCACAGAGCUGCAGGACUGUGGGACUUUAACUGUGUAAAUAUAGCACACAUUCAUUAUAAUGCUAAGCAGCAGUGUCGCCCGCAAGUUUCAGGUACUUUCCACAAUUUUCUGAACGGCAAAUGGUGAGAUGUUGUGAACUUUUGAUAACUCUUGUUGGUGGGUCAUUGUGCGGAGGGGGUUUUCAUUGUAAAACUAUUUAAGGGUGAAUGUCACAUUCUGUCAGGAGCAUAUCCAGAUCAUGUUUAAAGGGAUAGUGCACACAAAACUGAAUAUUUACUCACACUCAUGGGGUUUUACACCUUUAUGAGUUUCUUUCUUCUGUUUAACACAUGGGAAGAUGCUUUGAAGAAUGCUGAAAACUUGUAAUCAUUGACCUCCAUAGGAGAAACAAAUAUUAUGGAAGUCACUAGUUACUGUUUUUUGGCAUUCCUGAAAUAGCCGAAAACCUGUAACCAUUGACUUCCAUAGUAGGAUAAACAAAUAAUAUGUAAGUCAAUUGUCACAGAUUUUUCACCUUUUCUAAAAUAGACGAAAACCUGUAACCACUGACUUCCAUAGUAGGAAAACCAAAUAUUGUGGAAGUCAAUGGUUACUGGUUUUUGGCUUUCCUAAAAUAGCCUAAAACCUGUAACCACAGACUUCCAUAGUAGGAAAAAGAAAUAUUAUGAAAGUCAAUGGUACUUGUUUUCUGUGUUCCUAAAAAAACUGAAAACCUGAAACCACUGACUUCCGUAGUAGGAAAAGCAAAUAUUAUACUGGUUUUUGGUUUUCCUAAAACAGCCGAAAAACUGUAACCAUUGACUUCUGUAGUAGGAAAAACAAGUAUUAUGGAAGUCAUUGGUUACUGGUUUUCAGCUCCCCUAAAAUAGCCGAAAACCUGUAACCAUUGACUUCCAUAGUAGUAAAAACAAAUCUUAUGGAAGUCAUUGGUUACUGGUUUUCAGUUUUGCUAAAAUAGCCAAAAAGCAGUAACCAUUGACUUCCAUAAUAUUAUAACCAUUAUAUUCCAUAAUAUAGUAACCUAUUUGUUUUUCCUACUAUGGAAGUCAAUGGAUACUGGUUUUCUGCUUUCCUAAAAUAGCUGAAAACCUGUAACUAUUAACUUCCAUAGUAGUAAAAACAAAUAUUAUAUUGGUUUUCAGUUUUCUUAUAAUAGCCAAAAACCCGUAACCAUUGACUUGCAUAAUAUUUGUUUUUCCUACUAUGAAAGUCAAUAGGUACUGGUUUUCGGCUUUCCUAAAUAUCCGAAAACCUGUAACCAUUGACUUCCAUAGUAGGAAAUAAAACUUUCUUCAAAAUAUCUUCUUUUGUGGUCAGCCAAAGAACUCAUAACGCUUUGAAACAAGUGAAGGGUUAGUAAAUGAUGACAGAAUUUUCAGUUUUGGAUGAAUUAUCGCUUUAACCACAAAUCAAGUGAGAUUUUCAUCAAAAUUAAGCACAUUUGGCGUUUAAAUUCUCGUAUUGUAAUGCAAAAAAGCAUUCGUCGUUAAUGUAAUAUGAAAGAAACGAUAGAUUAAGUCAUGUGCAAAAACACAGGGAUCGUUUUCUGUAUGCAAGAAAGUAUUUAAGAUGUCUUGAUGUGGGUCUGAAAUGUGAUCUGGUUGUGUUUUUGUGAGACUCACCCUUUGCAGUAAAUAUGUAGAGUGAAACUACUCUAUAAUCUAAAGGCAGGCAGCCGUUUUUUAUCAUUGUUUUAAUACGAUUUCUUGCUUCACGCCAAAAUCACAAACAAUUAACUUGUCUUUGAACAUGUGGAGAACAUGUUUGGUUUUUUAUAUAUAGUUUUAGAGUAUUUUUUCCUCAGUGUUGAUCGCUUUUUAUUUUGACUUUGCAGUUUCUUCGAGCGAUUGCGCUCAGUUUCGUGGUUUGUGUAUUUUUUUAAAAGCGUUUUAUAAUUUAUUUGAGCCAAAAUGGACGCGUUCCUACUUCCAGGUCAUUCAAACAUUUCACUUUUCAUUUAUUUCUCUCUCUCUCUCUACUAUUCUUCCUAUAAUAUUUCUUUUAAUAUAAAAUUGGAAGUUGUGCUACUGUAAUAUAUUCUCUCUAAAUUAUACGAAACAAAUUUUACGGUAAUAAUAUCUAUGUAUUUUUUCGUCCGUCUUCUCCAAAUGCAGCUUUAAUGCACUAAAAACGUUUAUUUAAGAGGUCGUAUGUCACAUAAUGGAGACGUUCUUGCCAGAUUGAGUUCCACAUGCUAUUUAGCCACAUCGCCAAAGAGUCAUCUAAAGUGUGAAAAAGAUGUUGCUCUAAGCACCUACAUUAUGUGUCUAUUUUUUCCUACCUUGUUCUUGCCAUGACUGAAAUCGGAGACUAUAAUUGAGCACGUUUGAAAGGAGAUCGCCUUCGAUUAUUUGAAUAACAAAACCAUGCACAAGCUCAUACAAGGAGGGUAAAGUGGCCAUCGCACACACACAUGCACACACACAUUCACGUAACAGGUGUAAGUGAAUAUUUCUGCUCAUAACCAAGAGGUUUUUUCCCAUGCUCACACCUGCUGUCUUCACCCGAGGCCAAAAAGAGCAAAGGAAACGAGUAGAAAGAUGGAUGAAGAGAGAAGGAUCUGCUUUCUUGAUCACUGGUCAUCCUUUAGGCCUUGUUAUCUUAGCAGAAGUGCCCGUGUUCAGCUUGAUUCACGGCCGCUUUGAUGCCUUUAUGGGACUGCUGAUUUUCCUUCCCAUUGUGCCUCUCCUUGAUUAUUGCCUGGGGAUACAGGAAAAUAGGGAGCUGGUUUAGUUACAGACUCCUGCGAGGACUUCUGGGUAAUAGAAAACCUCUCUGUAAUGUGGUACCGGAAACAUUCACUUCUACAGAAUGGCGAUCGAUGCAUAUCAACGUAAUUGCUGUAUUUUCACCAGUCAUUAUUAUGUAGAGUUUGUUGUGACUCAAAAUCAAUCAGAUCCAACCCAAAACCAGAGCAAAUUGUGCUCAUCUUUAAAUAUUUUUUUGGAUGUGUGUGUGUUGCAUUAAAUCCAACCCAGCGGGCUCCUUGAUGUUUAAACGUCAUAAAAAACACGUCAAAAAGGUGAAUUGAUUUGAUAUCAGUCGACUACAUUGAUGUAAAAAAGACAUCAAAUUGACAUCUAAUAUUGGCGUCAAAAAUGUUAAUUGAUUUGAUAUCAGUUGACUAUUUUGAUGUAAGACAUCAAAUUGACAUCUAAUAUUGGCGUCAAAAAACUUGUCAAAUAUGCAAAUUGAUUUGAUGUUAGUCGAUUACCUUGAUGUAAAAAAGACAUCAAAUUGACAUUUAAUAUUGGCGUUAAAAAUACUAAUUGAUUUGAUGUUAGUCGAUUACCUUGAUGUAAAAAAGACAUCAAAUUGACAUCUAAUAUUGGCGUCAAAAAUCCUAAUUGAUUUGAUGUUAGUCGAUUACCUUGAUGUAAAAAAGACAUCAAAUUGACAUCUAAUAUUGGCGUUAAAAAUCUUAAUUGAUUUGAUGUUAGUCGAUUACCUUGAUGUAAAAAAGACAUCAAAUUGACAUCUAAUAUUAGCAUCAAAAAUCCUAAUUGAUUUGAUGUUAGUCGAUCACCUUGGUGUAAAAAAGACAUCAAAUUGACAUCUAAUAUUGGCGUUAAAAAUCUUAAUUGAUUUGAUGUUAGUCGAUCACCUUGGUGUAAAAAAGACAUCAAAUUGACAUCUAAUAUUAGCAUCAAAAAUCCUAAUUGAUUUGAUGUUAGUCGAUCACCUUGGUGUAAAAAAGACAUCAAAUUGACAUCUAAUAUUGGCGUUAAAAAUCUUAAUUGAUUUGAUGUUAGUCGAUUACCUUGAUGUAAAAAAGACAUCCAAUUGACAUCUAAUAUUGGCGUAAAAAAUACGAAUUGAUUUGAUGUCAGUCCAUUACGUUGAUGUAAAAAACACAUCAAAUUGACAACUAAUAUUGCCGUCAAAAAAGCGCGUUCAUUACAGGGCUGCUCUUUAACUGAUUUUUGAUGUAUUUAUUUACGUCAAUAUUAGAUGUCAAUUAGAUUAUAUGGAUACAAAAUCUGGAAUUUAAGCUUUCAGAUGAAUAAAUGUUUAUAUAUUAUAAUACUUUUUGAGUUGUUAUUUUGGUGGUCAAAAGAGCAUCAAUGUUUAGAUGUCAAAUAGACGUCAGGGUUGUGACGUUUUAUCGAUUUUAAUUUUUGACAUGGUUUUUGAUAUCUUUUUCACAGCCCGCUGGGAUGGCUGUGUUCUAAAACCUACACUCUUAAAAAAAGGCUCUGUAUUGGUAUAUUUGGUCCCAAAUUCAAUUCUUUAGAUUAUUAAAAUGUUCACUAUAAAGAAGAAAUCAUUUAGAAAUGGCCUUUAGUCUUUAAGAGUGAAUCUUAAAUCUCAACCCGCAGGUUUCUUGUCAUGUAAAGCAUACUAAGUACAGUCAUUUAUUGCCUGUGUAGGUAUUAAUGUAGCCCAUAUGUUGCCAGUGAAGUGAGUAUCACUGAAGGCCUCGAGUCUGUGAUGUUUAAGAUAAUAUGCAAAGAGCUAAAAAAAAUAAAAAUAAAGCACAACACACUCCUGUAGAACAAACUGUCUUUUUCACUUGUAUGUUUGUAUUUUUGGUUCUGAAAUAUGCUCUUUUGUUCCUUCGUUGUGUGCUAAUGAUGUAGUUUUUUAUGCAUUUAAUAAAAAAGAAGAUCAAGA